GGCAAAACUAAUUUCAGUUGGCAUUUGAGCAGGUGGUGUGCUCAGCGGAGGAGAGCCUCUCCCGCUUCUAGGGGCUAUUAUAAUGCACACUCUAAAAGUGCCCUUCGUCGUCUCUCCAGCCUCAGCCUCGUCCCCCUCCUCCUCCACGUCAACCCGGCUGGAGGGUCUGGGCGCCGCAGCCAGAGCGCCCCCUACUUUGGCGGCGACUGCUAAUACUGGCCUGGCCAGCGGAUCACCGGCUGGGCAGCUUCAGCAGAGAGGCCUGGGCACCAGGGACUCCCCGGUCCUCUUUAUCCACCGCCCGGGGACUUCGGGGACUACGCAGCGACUAGAGUACAGGGGCCGAAGAGUCACUGCGGAACUCCCAGAGGAAGAAGUGGCCCCCCAGCCCCAAGGCCCCACAUCUCAUCCGGCAGAGCCCCCUGCCCAGCCUGCCUCCCAGCCGGAGCCGCAGCCCCCGCAGCUGGAGCCGCAGGCGGCCAGAGCCACCAGAGAACCCAGCCCGGAGCUGCGCUGCUGCGGCCUGAGGCCCAGGCAGUCCCAGCGAGCUCAGAACUGAGGCGGGCGGCCAGCCCCAGCCCCGCAA